AUGGAAUAAUACAUCUUCUGUUAUCACUUGCUUCUAAUCAAUAUUUCGAUUAUCAUAAUUAAUGAAAUUUGCAAGAAUAAGAUUUAAGAUAUACUCAAUUCCAUAUUAAAAAUCCUAUUCCCAAUUAUAAUCAUAUCGAAAAUGUUUUUGAGGCAUUUAUUUCUGAAUAUAGGAAUUUUAGAAUAAAAGUACCUAUUGGAUGUAUAACUGAUAAAUGCUCAAAAAAAUAAAAGGAGAGAAUUGAUUUAAAUGUUUUUGUGGAGCAGGGGGAUAUUUAAAGAAUCUAUGAAUUUGUUUAAACUUUAACUCCAGAAUGAAGCAAUAAUGAACAAAAGGAUUAAACGAUUAAGAGUUUUCAGAAUUUUAUAAUUCGGAGCAUUUUUAUAGUUGGCAGAUGAAUAAUAUUAAGCUAUGUAGCCUUAAAUAAAAGCAGAUGAUGACAUCUCCUUUUUUAAGAGUAACUCAACUAUUUAUUUUUUGGGGGUUGAUUUGUUUUAUUACAUGAAAGAUAAAGAUAAUUUUAAAAAAUGCUCUGUGGAGAUUUUGGGUCUUUUUGGUAAUAUUGUAGCUUAACCAGAUAAAUAUGAUUAUGAAUUAUUGUAUGGGAUCCCUUGA